AAGUCUCACUUGCACUUCCCUACCUUUUCUUGCACCUGAAGCCUAUUCCACAGCCUUACUCGCUGCUCUCCCUUUAAACUCGCAAGUAGACCGGAACUUGAGCUUAGGGGAGCGCAGGGCGUUGAGAGGCUUCCAUGAGCUCCGGGUGCAGGUCGUCUCUCAGCUGCGUGGACGCACGUGUGCCUGUGAGAGCAACCUAUGUGAACCUCUACAAGUGGCCGGAGUCCGACGCCGAGUUCGUGAAGUCAGUGACCAGAGGAGGUGGUGAUGGAGGAGGAGGAGGAGGAGGAGGAAGAGUCGACGACCGCGUGGGCAGCACCAGCUUUGAUGGGAGGAGGAGGUGGAGUGCAGAACCGACGGUGGUCGAUAGCUACUCAUGCAGGCAGAUAUAUCUGAGGAGCUACACUUUUUCGAGGAAGGAGAGUGUCCCCGAGAAGACACUGCGGUGCCUCGGAAGAGUCAAGGAGAGAGCCGCUGUGUUCCCUUUCCUCCAACAGAAGAAUGAAGACGCUGCAGGAAGUAUUGACGGUGAUACCAGUAGUAAGAAGAACAUCGAUAAGAGGAAGACGAAGACGAAGACCAAAAGGAAGAAGAAGAAGAAGAAAAAGGCUUGCGUGACAGCGAGGAAGCUGCGCGAGAUGUCCUACUCCACCCUUUGUUUCAUCUUCCAUCGUCUCCUUUCCUGCACUUCCAGCGUCGAUGUGGUGGAUCGAGGGUGACAUGCAUCACGGAGUUGACGAGCGUCCUCUUUAUUCUGCAUCUCGUAUGCCUAUUCUUCUCGA